GGAAACGCAUUGCAGUGUAAAAUAUAGUUACAGUUCGUUAAGGGAUAAGCAAGCUUUCUUCAAACCUAUACAGUAUUUUUGCUUAGAAAUGGACGCCGUGCCUUGUCUUCGUGUAUCCAGUUGUCAUACUCAGCAGUUCAGGAAUCGUCUACAGUUGAGUGGAGCUUUUGACCAUAGUUUGAGCUUGGUGAAAGACCCCGAUGGGACAGUCCUCUUGCCCAUUUUACCAUCCUGCCUGUCACAACUUGAUCUCCAAUCUCUCAGGAACACUGUGCCUUCAGAUCUUUGUGAAAUAGUUUUUAGUCAGUCUCCAUGCCUGCCCAAGAAACACAAGACGAAGAUGGGUCAAAAUAAGCUGGAGAAAAUGCUUCAGGAGCUGUUGGAGUCUCGGGGUGAGAGAUGGAUGGAGGAGUUCAGAGCAGACCUUCCUCGCAGCUUCCAGCGGCAUGGAGAUCUCGUUCUUUUGGGAGACAGCUGUUUCACCCUGCCGCUGUGGAGGAAAAUCGAUGAUCAGCUUUGGAGCGUUGUGGCCAGCGGACUGGGGGCCAGGCGGCUGGCUAAGAUGAGUCGAAUUUCCAGUGAUGGGUUCAGGUCUCCUGUGGUGACAGUACUGUUGGGGGAGAACAGCUGGGUCAAACAUGUGGACAACGGAAUCAGCUAUGAGUUUGACGUCACAAAGUGCAUGUUCUCUGCUGGAAACAUAACGGAGAAGCUCCGAGUGGCUGCGUUUAACUGCAGAGGGGAGACGGUUGUGGAUUUAUAUGCAGGUAUUGGAUACUUCACUCUUCCAUAUCUGGUCCAUUCAAAGGCCAGUCACGUCCAUGCCUGCGAGUGGAACCCCGCUGCCGUCGAAGCGUUACAGAAGAACCUCCAGUCAAACGGUGUGUCCGACCGCUGCACCGUUCAUCAGGGAGACAACCGGCAGCUCCAGCUGUGUGACGUUGCUGACCGUGUGAACUUGGGUCUAAUCCCGAGUUCGGAGGACGGCUGGCCCGUCGCCUGCCGGCUGCUGAAGAGGACCACCGGUGGGGUUUUACACAUCCACCAGAACGUCACCUCACCGUUGCACAACCCCGCAGCUAACGAUGCACCUCGGAGGCUUUCCGGGAAGAAAGCUGGUAGAGAGGUGUGGAAGGCCUGGGCAGAUGAAACAGCGGCCCGCAUAGCUUCUCUCUUAAGGGACGCCACUGGGGCACCGUGGCUGACGAACAUCCAACACAUAGAGCACGUGAAGUCCUACGCGCCUCAUGUCCACCAUGUCGUGUUGGACCUGGAGUGCAGACCGUCCUUAAUGGAGACCGAGCGGUCCUAGCAGUGGGGUCAACUGCUUUGUUCGUCCAGAGCAGGUGGACUGAACACAGACACCUCGGCCGGACACAAAUCUGCUCACAUCUGGCAGCAGACAAGCAAACCACAGCCACCACUUUAUGUGCCGUCUCCCAGACGACGGCCUAGUUGUUAUAUGCAGUGGAUUCCUCUGAAAUGUUUAUCUGCUGUGGAAAUGUGCAUCAAUGACACUUUUCAGCCGUUUCAACCCGAUAACGAAUCACAUUUACUCAAUACUUACACUUCUGCUCGGACACAGAAAGAAGUGUUGUAAAUAUUUUUCAAAAUAAAC